CAACGCUAAUCUUCAACUUCCUCGACUCUAUCACUUUUGCCCUGACUUCGCAACUUGAAACUUCUAUAUAUAGACAAUUUGCUGAAACACAACCACCAGAACUUAUCACUUAUGGACCAUGUUUUGCAACUAAAUUUAUAGCCCACCAAAGACUCAUAACUGUUAUUUAUUUGCAGCUUAUUAUCUUGUUAAAUUAUGGUAUUUACAAGAGCCAUGUCUUCUAAUCUGUCAUUUAUUUCACUUAAAGGUGAUGAUUUCUUGUUUAAAACCAUAAUCUUACAUGGGUUAUCUUGCUUAUUACAUCUAAUAAUCUUGCUCAUAUUAUUUGUUCCAUGGCUAAACAAUAGAUUUUUAAGAAUUAGUGCAACAGAAGGAUCCAAGAACUGUAAUUUAAGGUUAUCUUAUUAUAGGAAUAGGAUCACUUUGUUUUCUACUUUGUGUCUGUCACUUUUAAGUCUUGUUGUUUGUUUGUUCAACAUCUUGUGUUGGUAUAAAAAUGGUUGGUUUGCAAUGGAUGCUUUGGUGCUUUUGGAUUUAGUACUUAAAGUUAUUGCUUGGUUAGCUAUUUCUGCUUAUUUAUACACUCAACUGUCAAGUGAAGUUAGGUAUCCUUUAGUAUUGAGAAUUUGGUGGUGUGUUUUCUUUUUGUUGUCUUGUUAUUGUCUUGUUGUGCACUGUGUUUUUGACAGAAAGCCUCGAGUUCUAGUCUCUGAUAUCUUGUAUUCGCUCACCGGGUUGUAUUUCUGUUGUGUGGGUUUUUCGGGUGGAGUUGGAUCAGAUGAGGAUGAUCUUUUACAAGAACCCCUUAUAAGUGGGAAUUGUACGAGUAGAUUGAGUCAUGGUGAGGAGUGUAAGAAGUGCGGUGGUGAAAGUGUGACACCUUUUGCUACGGCUAGUUUAUUCAGUGUCUUGACAUUUUCUUGGCUUGGUUCUUUGGUUGCACUGGGUUAUAAAAAGCCAUUAGACCUUGAGGAUGUUCCUCAGCUUGCAGGAAUUGACAAUGUACAUGGGGCCUUUCCAGUUUUACGAGGUAAGUUAGUGUUUGAUCAGGGUGAUCAUAAUAGUGUGACUACAUUUGGGCUGAUAAAAGCACUGGUUUUCACUACCUGGAAGGAACUCUUGUUAACUGCAUUUUUAGCCAUUGUAAACACAGUGGCUACAUUUGUUGGUCCCUACCUUGUUGAUGUGUUUGUUCAAUACUUGAACGGACAUCGGGAGCGUGAGAAUGAAGGCUACAUCUUAGUUUCAGCUUUUAUAAUUGCGAAGCUUAUUGAGUGUUUGACGCUGAGGCACUGGUUCUUUACGUUGCAACAGGUAGGAAUCAGGAUCAAAGCAGCUUUGAUUGCCUUGAUUUACCAUAAAGGAUUGACUUUGUCAUGUCAAUCGAAGCAGGGUCACACAACUGGAGAGAUCAUUAAUUUUAUGACUGUAGAUGCUGAGAGGAUAGGUGACUUUAGUUGGUGCAUGCAUGAUCCAUGGGUUGUCUUCCUACAGGUUGGUCUGGCAUUGGUAAUCUUAUAUAGAACUCUGGGGGUUGCUUCCAUUGCAACACUGUUUGCAACCGUGGCUGUGAUGAUGGCAAAUCUUCCAUUGGGAAGAUUACAGGAGAAUUUUCAAACAAACCUGAUGGAAUCUAAAGAUCAAAGGAUGAAAUCAACAUCAGAAAUCUUGAGAAACAUGAGGAUUCUCAAGCUCCAAGGUUGGGAUAUGAAAUUUCUAUCUAAAAUUGAGGAGCUCAGAAAUAAUGAGACAGGAUGGUUGCGAAAGUAUGUGUACACCAAUGCAAUGGUCAGUUUUGUAUUUUGGGGCACUCCUACAUUCGUGGCUGUGGUAACAUUUGGAACAUGUAUGCUUAUAGGGAUCCCACUUGACUCUGGAAAGAUACUAUCUGCUCUUGCGACGUUCAGAAUACUUCAAGAGCCUAUCUAUAAUCUUCCGGAUACAAUAUCAAUAACAAUUCAGACUAAAGUUUCACUUGACAGGAUUGCCUCAUUCCUUUGUCUCGAUGACAUUCAGACAAAUGUUGUAAGGAGGCUUCCAAGAGGAAGUUUAGACACUGCAAUUGAGAUAGUACAUGGAAAUUUUUCUUGGGAUGUUUCCUCACCUAAUCCAACACUAAAAGAUAUCAAUUUCAGAGUCUCUCAUGGCAUGAGGGUGGCAGUGUGUGGUAUGGUUGGCUCAGGAAAAUCAAGUCUACUGUCAAGUAUCCUUGGGGAAGUGCCAAAACUUUCAGGUGUCAUCGAGAUGAGUGGUACAAAGGCCUAUGUUUCCCAGACACCUUGGAUACAGAGUGGAACUAUAGAAGAGAAUAUAGUCUUUGGUGAGGGGAUGGACAAAGAAAAAUAUGAGAAGAUUCUUGAAGCAUGCUGCCUUAAAAAGGAUCUGGAAAUUCUUUCCUAUGGAGAUAAGACAAUAAUAGGCGAGAGGGGAAUUAAUUUAAGCGGGGGUCAGAAGCAGAGAGUACAAAUUGCUCGUGCUCUCUACCAAGAUGCAGACAUAUAUCUAUUUGAUGAUCCAUUUAGUGCUUUGGAUGCUCACACGGGAUCUCAUAUUUUUAAGGAGUGCAUACAGGGGAUUCUAGAGUCAAAAACAGUCAUAUAUGUUACUCACCAAGUGGAGUUUCUACCUUCAGCAGACCUCAUACUUGUGAUGAAAGAUGGCUAUAUUACACAAGCUGGAAAAUAUGGUGAUAUACUCAACUUAGGGAACGAAUUUAUUGAACUUGUGGUUGCACAUGAGAAAGCUUUAUCUGCAAUAAAUCUCCUAGAAGCCGGAUUAGCCUUGAAAGAUAUGAAUAUCAGUGUGGACAGCAAGACAAAGAGCGAUAAAAGUUCUGAAGAAACCACAGAUGUUCAAUACAGUCAACCACCAGAAGAUGUCCAGGGCACAAAAGGACAGCUUGUUCAAGAAGAAGAACGAGAGAAAGGCAGAGUUGAAUUCUCAGUCUAUUGGAAGUAUAUUACAACAGCGUAUGGGGGUGCACUUAUUCCCGUUAUAUUAUUGGCACAAGUUCUCUUUCAGGUACUUCAAAUUGGAAGCAAUUAUUGGAUGGCAUGGGCAACUCCUGUGUCAGGGGAUGAAGCACCUCCUGUUCAAAAUUUUACUCUCAUUAUAGUGUAUGUAGCGUUGGCAAUAGGAAGUUCCUUCUGCAUUUUUUGUCGAGCUAUGUCUCUUGCAGCUGCUGGGUACAAGACAGCAACUAUACUCUUUCAAAGAAUGCAUUUGUGUAUUUUUCGUGCACCAAUGUCUUUCUUUGAUUCCACACCAAGUGGCCGCAUCUUAAAUAGAGCAUCUAUGGACCAAAGCACUAUAGAUAUGAACAUGCCUAAUCAAGUUGGCCUUUUUGCCUUUUCGAUUAUACAACUCCUUGGAAAUAUUGCUGUGAUGGCGCUAGUGGCAUGGCAAGUUUUCGUAGUUUUUGUUCCUGUCAUUGCAAUUUGCAUCUGGUUACAGCAAUAUUACAUACCUUCAGCACGCGAACUGGCACGCCUAAUUGGAGUGUCUAAAGCUCCAGUUAUCCAACAUUUUGCGGAAACAAUUUCAGGAUCAACAACAAUCAGGAGCUUUGAUCAGGAACACAGAUUUCAGGAAACAAGUAUGAAAUUGAUUGACGGAAACUCUCGGCCAAAGUUUCACAGUGCGGGUGUCAUGGAAUGGCUAUGCUUCCGUUUGGAUAUGUUCUCUAAUCUCACCUUUGCCUUUACCUUGGUUUUCCUAAUCUCUGUCCCUUCAGGAACAAUUGACCCAAGCAUAGCAGGGUUAGCAGUUACAUAUGGACUUGGUCUAAACAUGUCACAAUUUCGAGUGAUAUGGAACCUCUGCAAUCUCGACAAUAAAAUAAUAUCAGUCGAAAGGAUACUUCAGUACACAAGUAUCCCCAAUGAGCCUCCUCUAGUUAUAGAAGUAAAUAGGCCAGAUGAUCAUUGGCCAUCAUGUGGUGAAGUUGAAAUGUGUAAUCUACAGGUUCAGUAUGCUCCUCAUAUGCCCCUGGUGUUGCGAGGUCUUACUUGCACGUUUAAAGGAGGAAAAAAGACUGGAAUUGUAGGCAGAACCGGAAGUGGAAAAUCAACUCUUAUACAAACCAUAUUCCGUAUUGUGGAACCAACAGCCGGGGUUAUAUUAGUAGAUGGUAUCAAUAUCUCCUUGAUUGGAUUGCAUGAUUUACGAUCUAGAUUAAGCAUAAUUCCACAAGAUCCAACGAUGUUUGAGGGGACAGUUCGAAGCAACUUGGACCCUCUUGAAGAGUAUACAGAUGAACAAAUUUGGGAAGUUCUUGACAUGUGUCAAUUAGGCGAUGAAGUUAAAAGCAAGGAGGGUAAGCUCGAUUCAGCAGUUUCAGAGAAUGGGGAGAACUGGAGUGUUGGACAGAGGCAAUUAGUAUGUCUCGGUCGCGUGUUACUCAAGAAAAGCAAGUUAUUAAUUCUCGAUGAGGCUACUGCAUCAGUUGAUACAGCCACUGAUAAUAUGAUUCAGAAAACCCUGAGGCAACACUUUCAGGAUUCCACAGUCUUGACAAUAGCGCAUAGAAUAACAUCUGUGCUUGACAGUGAUAUGGUGCUUCUCUUGGAGAAUGGGCUGAUCCAAGAAUAUGAUGUUCCUACAAAGUUGCUGGAGGACAAAUCAUCUUCAUUCUCCAAGCUUGUAGCAGAGUACAGUGUAAGGGGGAAUUCAAGAUUUAGAAAUUCAUGAAUAAGAAUUUCCUAUUUAGCAAUGGAUGAUCAAGUAAGAUGAGACUGAGCAUCUUAGUUCUGGUGAGGCAAAUUAGUUAUAUAUAUUUACCUCAUGAUAGAACAAUAUUAGAAAUUAAUAAAAAGUAGAUAUUGGUUUUCAAUCUCUUAUAUAUAAUUUUGGGCUAUCUUGUAAGCCUUUUGGUCCAUAAUCCUAAUUUCUUAUAUAUAAUCCCAAUUGUCAAGGGGUUGGUCACACACCCACCCCUUGUAUUUGAUAAGUCUAUUUCUCUUUUGAAGUGUA